AUCGCAGAAUACGAGCCAAUCAACCGCCGCGCUUAUUCUACUUCUAUGAUACGGACGAAACCGGUAGCACGCCGCUUCACCGCGGGACACAGAACGGCAUCAGAACAGCAUCCGAGCCGCACCGACAGCCCGCUUAUAUACCGCCCGCCAGCCUCAGUGUAGUUCCCUAAUGGCAACGGAGGACAAAGGAAAAACGGCGGCGCCUCAGGCUUUACCGGAAACGGGAUCCCUCUCAAGAACGAACAGCAACCUGAACAAUAAUAACAACAACAAUAAUAAUAACAAAGACAACGAGGGAAGCGAAGGAGCCACAACAGGCACAUCUACUGCUGUUGAAUCCGGAGGGGCAGAAAAUAUCAUAGGAAACGGUUCAGCGGUUAAUACUGCCGGAGGUAAUAACGGCAAAUGGGUCCGUCUCAACGUCGGCGGGACGGUGUUUCUAACGACACGACAAACGCUGCUAAAGGAGCAGACUUCAUUUCUGUACCGACUGUGUCAGCAGCAGGACUUGCAUUCUGACACGGAUGAAACUGGUGCUUACGUGAUUGACCGAGACCCUACCUAUUUUGGUCCCAUACUCAACUAUCUGCGACAUGGGAAGCUGGUUUAUAACAAGGAGUUGGCAGAAGAAGGUGUCUUGGAGGAGGCAGAAUUCUACAACAUCACACCGCUGAUUAAAUUAAUCAAAGAGAGGAUUCUUGAGCGAGACUCCAAGGCCACACAGCAGGUACCACCAAAACACGUGUACCGAGUGUUGCAGUGUCAGGAAGAGGAGCUGACCCAGAUGGUGUCCACCAUGUCGGACGGCUGGAAGUUUGAGCAGGUCAGCGUGCGCGCCUGCCGAAAACCCCGCCCCGGACUGCUCUGGACUAUGGUGAACAUUGGCUCAUCUUACAGCUAUGGAACAGAGGACCAGGCUGAAUUUCUCUGUGUGGUGUCGAAAGAGCUGCAUACAUCGGGUGGAGGUUUGGGGACAGAGCAGAGCCACAAGACUAAGACCUCGGACACACAGGAGGAAGAUGGAGCGAGGGAGGAAGAGGAGGAGGAGGAUGAGGAGGAGGAAGUGGGAGAGAGAAAUGCCACCCCCAAUGAGUGGAUUAGAGAUUAGCAGAAACUUGUAUCAAAGGAAUUGCUUUUCCAGAUCCAUGGGUCCCGGAUGUAGGAUACAAAGAGUUUUAUUUUUCUAGACAUCCAUUUUAUCAUGUGCUCAUGAUGCUGUUUUUAUAGCCAUACUUUUUUAGAUUUGUUGACUUGAACAACGGGUAUUAGCGGGAGGCAAGAACUUCACAUCCAGCAGCAAAAAAUGUCAUUGUUUUAAAUUGAAAUGUUCCUGAAAACAAAAGUCACCUAAGGUAUUAAAGAAGAACACAGUUUCAGUCUUAGUACAUGACCAGCUACCAAAGAGUGCAACCUAGUUAUGGGACACUACUCAAGAACAUAAAAAUGCAUUUAAAAAAGUUAGUCUGGUUUAGUCAGGAAAUACAUUGUCAUCAAGGAUGGAAAGACUGUGUGGAUUUGAGGCCGUAAUCCGUUAUUUAGUGUUUAGGUUAGAGUUUAGGUUUUACACAUUUACUAUUGCAGAAGAAGGGCAGCUCUGCUACAUGAACAGGUCACGUCCUGUUCCAUUUAGCAUUGGCUGUGGGUAAAGUGCCAGCAGUGUCACCCUGGCAGACCACCAGCAGUGCACUUUAGCCCCAUUUACAGUCUCUGGCAGUUCAUUUUGAUAGUCGUUGGCGCCAGCUAGAAGGUCAGGGUGUCAUUAGAGGUCACUGGGAUACUGUAGUUCUGGUUAUGUUCGUAUACCGUAUAUGGAUUUCUAAUAGGUUUUAGGCUCAGUUUACUUAAAGUGAAGUUCAGAUAAUGUGCUGGAAUAUGAUACCGUGUCACUUGCUAAUGUGUUUUGUGUGAAGGCUAGAUUUCUUUCAAAGGAACAAAGCCUGGCAGUCGAAAUCUUUCAAAUCAACAUGCCUCGAUUCAACAAAUGAUCAAGUACUUUUUGCUCCCUUUAGCCUACAGCUGUGCAAAUUAGCAUUCUUUGGGAUAUUUAUGUGCUGUGGGCUGGUUUGCAUGCCUAAGCUUGUUUAUUAUUAAAUAUGCUUAACAAUUUUGCACAUUCGCGAAGAUACAGUGCCCCCAAAACAUGUUUGGACACUUGAGCCGUAGUUAAACAUGGAUGAAUGUGAUUGCGUUAUGUUACAAACCAAGUGGCUGAUAGCACAAGCACACUUUUGAAGCAAAACGGUUCUUCAAAGGAUGUUUAUUAGGAUUUUAUAGCUACUUUAACAGGACACCAAUUUUAAAGGAGCCAUUGACGUUGUACUGUAAUAAAGCAAUAAACCCUAAGGAGCCAUGGUUUACAGUGAAUUUAUAACAGCCAAGGGGCAUAUUAGUGCCUAAAAUCUUCUUAGCUGUUAUAAAUUUACUGUAUACCACAGCUUUACAGGGAUUACUGCUUUUAUAAAACGGUUAUUCCAUAUACCUAACAAGAUGUCACAAAACAAAUAAAAUACAAUAUUAAUACAAAUAUUCAUCAGCCACGUAAUAUAGUUCCUCAGAAACGGUUGAGGCUGCUGAGCAACACGCAGAGGCAUAUGUAGAGCAAUUUACAAUGAAUGUGGCUCAACCAAUCAGAACCAAGGGCCGAAACUAUUUGUUUUAUAAGCUAUCUUAUAAAAUAGCCUACCUUUUUAAUUUUGGACUGUAGUAGCAAAGAGAAAGAUAUAAUGGGUUCAUGUGCUGGUUGAACCGAGGCACUAAAUCAGUCACUUAUGCUGCAUUAAAGAGCGCCAAAUAUUGUUUUUUGAAUGUCGUUAAGAAUUAAGCAGAAUUUUAAAGCUGAUACUUACUAAAAUGUAACAGAGCACAAAGCUUAUUGCGAUUAUUGGACAGCAAGUGCACUACGAAUAUUAUGAAGUUCACCCAUCUACAGAACACAGCAUGUAGACUAAAGAUUUUGAGAAGUAGUAGUACUGAUUAUAAUCGGUAAUAAUAUUGCUAAUAAUCUGUGAAAAACAAUGCAUUUCAAAAAGGCGGGGCAGAUAAGAACAACUAUAAUGUAUGGUAUGUGGAAAACAAUUUGAUAUUUUUUUUUAAGCUAAAACUAAAAGUAUUUUGUCACACUUAAUACACAAAAUACAGUUUUUUUAGCAAUGUCAUAUGACCCCUUUAAAUCAUAGCAUGUAAAUUUAGUGGCAAUCUCAGUAAGAAUUUCACUCACAAAUUCAUAUUUUUGGUUGCAACCUGGAGGCCUGUAUAUACAGUACAUACAUAAAAAUAAAAAAAAAUGCUUUGUUCUGAGAAAAGCUCAUGUUUUAUUUGUUUGCAGAUGCCACUUGGUUUGUAUUUCCCACUGAAUGCAGUCAAAUUCAAUUUUUGAAAUGUGACAUAAGUGUUUAGAACCUAUAUUUGGAUGGGUAAAAGGAUUUUGUGUCAUCAUCUUUGAUGACAACAUUAUCAUUGUCUUUUUGUAAACAUCUGACCUAUUAUUAUAACUGCAUUUUUACAGAGGAAAGAGGCGUUUGCAAACACUAUUUUAUAGCUCUGUGUUACUGGGUCAAUCAAUUCUUAUUCUGUCCUCAUUAGCUACCACUAUGUUCCAGAACUGUGAGCAUAAUUGUUUCUAGACACAGAAUAGAUAUCACAGAAAGAGAUAUCAAACUCUUAACUGUGUAGACUGAUGUAUAGAAGAAGGAAAAGUUUUGAUACAACACAUAUCUUAUUAGUGUGUUAGUGCUGUACACUAUAGUAAAAUCUUUCAGUUUGUACUGGUGUGUUGAACAAAUUUUAUCACUGCAUUAAAUUUCAUUAUAAAGGUAUGUUUUAGUUUUAAUGUUUAUCUUGUUUGUGUUAAUAGCAACCUUUUUAUAUGGCCUUUUUUAUAAUCAUACUGUGCCAUUUAUCUAUUUAUUUUAGUCUAAUAAAUGUCAGGUUAUGUUACCUGUCAAGGCACAGGUAAUAUUAUGGUUUAUAUUGAAUUUUAUUCUGCAGACACACAAUGUUAAUUUUAUUUUUUUUAUGCCUUUGUUACAUGUAUGUUAUGUUUUCUAGUCAAAAACAUUGUCAUUGUCAUCAAAAUGACCCCCCUUUAUUUUUGACAAAUGUUAUAUUUAUGUGCAUUGUUUAUACCAUUUUUUCACUGCUCUCGCAUUAUAUUUAUUUAUGAAAUAUGGGAUGUGUAUUGGCUUAUUUUUAUUUUAUUUUUUUUGUGUUAAAAGUGACUUUUUUCCUUUUAUAAACGUCCUUUAGAUGUAGAAUUCUGUACAUUAAUUCAUACUGCAUAAUUCUUCAUUUUUGAUUAGCACUGAAAGCACAUCUGCCUGUUGAAACAAACCCCUCAAGUUAAUAAAAAAAUGUAGUAAUAAUUAUUAAAAGGGUUUUGUUGCAACGGGGCACAGUCUCUUAGUAGUGUAUGUAUGCCAAAGAAAAUUAGAAUAAUGUCUGUUCAGCUGAGAGAAUAUCUUUUAGCACGGAAAACAGUCGUUAAUUAGAUGUCCAAGCAGCGUCGUUGUGUAUAUAGUUAUCAAAAUGAUUUCAAUAAAGUUUAGAGUUUCUUUUUAAAAAAAAUA